CCCAUCGGAGCGGAGACAAAAACAAUCGGCAUCCCACAGCCAGUACAACAUAAACAGGGGGACUAAAGCCCAAAGCCGAUAAAUACCUUUCUCCCCGACACGGACACCGCCGGCAGAGAAAUGGUUUCUCCGGUGACAGUGGUCAAGAGCGAAGGGCCAAAGCUGGUGCCGUUCUUCAAGGCAACCUGUGUGUACUUUGUCCUGUGGCUUCCCACCUCGAGCCCGUCCUGGUUCAGCGCUCUAAUCAAAUGUCUGCCCAUCUUCUGCCUCUGGGUGUUUCUGCUGGCUCAUGGGUUCAGCUUCCUCGGCGCUCACUCCAGUGCGCGCAGGAUCUUGGCGGGCCUCAUCUUUUCUUCUCUGGGUGACGCCUUUCUCAUCUGGCAGGAGCAGGGCUACUUUGUUCACGGCCUUCUGAUGUUUGCUAUCACCCACAUCCUCUACUCGUCUGCCUUUGGGAUGAAGCCCGUUAACGUGUCCGCCGGCCUGGCGAUCGCCGCCGUGUCCUCUGUGAGCUACAUGCUGCUGUACCCCUACCUGUCCGGCCCCUUCACCUACCUGGUGGCCGUCUACGUGGCUCUGAUCGGCUUCAUGGGCUGGAGGGCCGUAGCGGGCGUGCAGCUGGCCAACGACCUGUGGACCUGGACCAAGCUGUGCGCCUGCCUGGGCUCCGUGCUCUUCAUGGUCUCCGACCUCACCAUCGCCGUCAACAAGUUCUGCUUCCCCGUGCCGUAUUCGCGCGCCAUCAUCAUGGCCACCUACUACGCCGCCCAGAUGCUGAUAGCGCUGUCGGCCGUUGAGUGCCAGGAGGCGGAGGUGGCCCGGAAGAGAACGUGAGGUGCCUGCGGGCCCAGUAGACGCAUCUCACUGACGGAUUCCUCAGCCUUCAGCCCUCAUCUCAGUGUGACGCUCCCGCCCUGCUGUUACCGUGGCGACUGGUUAACUACGGUCUCCACACGGCCAUCACGCUUUUACUAGUAUGGUAGCGUCACAACUGUCCUCAUACCACGGCGGUAGUAUUAUCCUCAGCCUUCCUUCUCCGAACCCAGACUGGCUUUCAACCUAGUUACCGUGGAAACAAGCCUUAUUGGUAUUAUUGGAGAGUAUUACUUUGCCUUUAACUGAUUUAAUUUAAGGGGAGCCUGUCACUGGGGACCCUCAAGGAAUGUGUGUGUGUGUUUGAUUAACGCCUCUUUACCUCUCAGUCACAUCAGCCACAGUCACCACACCGACUCCCACGUCCACUUUAAAAUGGUCCAAUAACACAAUUUAACAUCAGGUUUUUGUCAUUGCUUCAGACCUUUUGAAAAGGGAUUUAUUUUUUUAACCAUGUGUUGCUUUUCACUCUGUGUAGCUUUGGUAAAUGAAGUGUUCUGUCCUUAAAGUCGGGAGCAUAUCCACAGCUACUUUAUUAUCUGCAGUCCCGUCCGUUGCAUUUCCAAUAACCACUGAGCCUUUGUGUCAAAACAAAUUCAAACCCCGUCUCUCUGGAUUAUUCAAUUGUGAUGUUCUUGAACAACUAGAUGUACAUAGAAAUAAUGACAGAGACAGAAAAUGGGUGACGGCAGUUACACAGUUUAUUUUAGGACAGAUUUUUGUGAUGCUGUCACAAAGAGAACAAAGUGCACAUUUCCUUCCCAGCAGGACGCUGUGCACAAGAGUCGUCCUUGUCUAAAACUGUGAAAGGAUAAAAAUCACUAAUGCGCGAUUAAAACUAAUGAGAUGUGAUGACUAAACCAAAAACAGCGCUCAAAAUGAACCCUUCAUUGCACACAUUCUCACAUGGUGUACAUUUGUUUCAGAUGUUUUACAGUACGUUGCAGUUUAUCAAAAACGUGACCGUGCAAAUGUCGACAUACCUGGGACCCCUGCUGGUUUGCCUAUUAGGAAAAGUUAUUUAUUCAUUAGGAAACUGUUAUCCCAUUAUUCCUAAAAUACCUUUUAACACAUUUCAUCUGCCGAUAUUUUUUUGUCUUUUAUCUAACCUCCCUUUCCCCCCCUUAAAUGGUUUGUGCUCGAAUUGAGGGUCCUUCCUGGAAUAUUCAGGCUCACUGUAGAUCCAUCCCCAGAUGUCUGCACACAUGUGGAUGCAUGUUGGGAGUGUGUGUGUGUGUGUGUGAACACCUGUGAUGGCUCAGGAGCAACAGAACGGCUGCGAAAACUACGCUGCAGGACAACGUGUUUUAACAAGUCUCCAAAAAUCCUUUCCUUCACCUCUGGUGUGUUACAGCAUCCCCAGAUGUGUUGUCAGUUUAAGGGGGAGGGAGGGACUAGAAGCAGUGUGUCAUUGGGUAAAGUAUCCUCAAACUGGUGACUUCUUACGGUUUGAUUGGACCUUAACAGUAAUUCGUUGGUAAACCGGCCUCCUCUUGAGUAGACACUCACCUUUUUAACGAGUAUACGCCAUUGGCAUCAUGAUUAACUAACCACUAACUGUCUGUUUAUUGGAAAAAGAAUCGACGUACAAUCGAGACCAGAGACGUAUUCAUGGCUAACGCAAAUAGAAAAGCGAUAGCUUUUGUUAUUCAGUGGUUCACUACACAUGCACCUCAAUAUGACAUCAUUUGCUGUAUACAAAACAACCUGGCGUCGAAAAUAAACAGACUCCGUGUCACGGGUACCUUCUGAAAGGUCAACGACCUGGAGCUGUCGGGCAACACGCCAAACGUACGCUCUAUAAAAAAGCGUGCGUUGGCGGCAGGACACGUGGAUGUCUCAGUUUGACCCCCCUCCCCACCCCCACACCCCCUGGUGUGCAAUCUGAAAUCAGACCAUGAGGAAAUAAGGAGUUAGGGGUCAGGCCGCCCUACUGGUGCGCGCUGCGUGGGCUAUUCAUGUAAGCACUCCGUUCCCAGUGGGUAUGUGCCAGAAGACCGCCCUUACUUUGGAGGGCUUUUCCUGGGAUCAUGUCACGUUGUUCGACUCGGGUCAUUGCCAGACUUUCGGGAAGUGAGGUCGGCGUCCUGGGAGCGAUACAGAGGAGUGGAAAGUUUUAACUCUCUCCUCCGGCGUCUCUAUCUCCUCUGGCGUCUCUAUUUUUAUUGGACGCAGAUGAGCUGAGCUGAAAGCACAAAAGAAAACUAAACACAUCGAGAGUCUUCUCAUGUAUGAAACAGCCCUUUUGUUUUGUUUUUCGGAGGCCCCCUCCACCCUCUGUGCGGGAGUCAUUGUUGAGCGAUACUGUUGAGCGAUACUGCCCCCACCCCCCUUUUUUUUCCCUCCCGAUUGAACCUCUUCCCUCUGCUUCUUUUUGCCGUUGUGUCCCGGGAUGUGUCACCUGAGGCUGAGCCGUAACGUCUGCACAGACCUUAGUCACGCGUGUCGAGUGGGUUGAACUGACUCAUCCAGGCCAACACCACCCAUCUGCGGUGAUGGAUGGAAAAGUGCACGAUUGACGCCUGCUCCUCCAUCAGAGUCGGCCCUACGACGUGUGUGUAAAGGUGGUGACAUGUUCUCUUUGUAUUAUCAAUCUGAAUCCACUGUGUGCUGCACUUCUCUGUAAUCAGAGCCAGGCCAGUCAAUCUCUCUCCCAGCAGCUGUAGGGUUUGUUGUGUACUGUAAACCUUUUUAGUAUAUUAUCCCUUACAUCAAGAGAUAAACCAGAAGUUGGUUUUGAUGUUGAGGGUUAGUCACAAUAAAGGGAGGCAUUGGCGUGGGAUCAUUUUUGGUUUCAAAAGAUAAUAAUAGCUCUUGAAGUGUUACAAGCUUUUAAAUAUAUAUUAAAUCUCCUUUUACUUUUAUCCAAAUACUGUUUUUGCCUGUCUCUGUGGUAAGAGCUGGGUGUGUUUUCCACAAAAAUCUUUUCUUUUUUGAAGGUCCUGACCUCAUUUCAUGAACAAAUGUCUGUUUCUUUUAUUUAUCUCUUGUUUUUAUUUCUUCAUGAAAUAAAAUCUUCAUUUUUUUUUUCAUGACCGUAGAGAUGAAAUAGUUCCUUUGCUGUAGUGAAACUGAUAUGAAUGUGAAUAUCUAUUGGAAAAAAUAAAUGCAAAGACAAUGCAACUUCAA